UCCGCACAGUCAAUCAAUCAAUCACCAAAAACAACAAUGCCUCCACUCCCCUCCUCCUCCUCCUCAGCGCGCCCCAAACGCGCCGCCGAAGAAUUCGCGCGCUCAAAUCACCACGACAGCAGUAGUACAACGAAAAAACCUCGUUUCGACCACCGUAACCCCAGCACUUUGGCCGCCGACGACACCACCCCGCGCGAAGAAGAUUUCAUUCUGGAUGCGGACGUCAUUGGGAAAUCUGGGAAAUUGACGAAGAGGAAUGCGGUUAAUAUUGAUGGGUAUGAAUCGGAUUCUGAGAAUGAGGGGUUUAAGGGGAGGGGGAAGAUGAGAGGGAAGAAGGAGAGGGAGGAGGUGGAUGAGGAUGAGGAUAUGUUUGCGGAUUUUCAUGAGGAGGAGGAGGAGGUGGAUGAGGAUAUGAAGAGGAAAGAUGUGAAAUUUUUGGAUCAUAAGAGGAUUGAAGGACAGGUUAUGGAUAGUCGGUCUGGGGGGAGGGUUUCGGGGAGUAUAUUAUUAGGCGGGAAAGGGAAAAGGGAAGGGGAAGAAGAGGAGUUAGAAGAUGAAUCUUCUUCUGGAGAUGAGGAGGUCAGAGAUCAAUUACCCUCCGAAUUCGAAGCCGAAGAUGCGCGGGAAUUAGGAGCCGGCAGUAAAAAAACGCAUGCGCCGAGAUUGGAUGCUUUUAAUUUGAAAGCUGAAGAGGAGGAGGGGAGGUAUGAUGAGAGUGGGAAUUUUGUGAGGAAGGCUGUGGAUCCUGAGGCGGGGAAUGAUAAUUGGUUGGAGGGGGUGAGUAGGAAGGAUAUGAAGCGUGCGAAGGAGGCGGCGGAGAGGAGGGAGGUGGAGAGGAGACGGAAGGAUAGGGAGGAUGAUGCGGUUUUGACGUGUGAUUUGUUGGAUACGCUUAUUUCACGGUUGGAGACUGGGGAGACGCCGCUGGAGGCGCUGCAGAGGCUGAAUAAGGGGAAGCAAAUGCAGGCGGAGAAGAGGGUGCCGAAGUGGAAGUUGAAGAAGUUGCAGAAGGAUAAGAUGGAUGUGGAUGGGGAUGAUGCUGAGACGGCGAAGGGUAAUGGACAUGGACAUGCUGAUCCUAAAGAGGAAGCUCGGAGGAAAGCGGUUGAUGCCAUCACGGGCGCAGCAGACGCGUUGUACUCGCGCGGUCAACACGAAAUCUAUGAGGCUGAGCGCGAGUUGUUGAUGCGACAGUACAAACGUGAGACUGGCGAGGAGUGGAAGAGCCAUGGCUCUUCCGGGCAAGAGGAAGAGGGCGGCGAAUCCCAAUCCGCUUUUUUCUACCGGUGGAGCGACAGUCGAGAUGGUGGAGAAGCACAUGGUCCGUACGAUGGUCCCACCAUGAAGGCAUGGAACGACGCUGGCUAUUUCGGCGAAGGGGUGGAGUUCCAACGCGUCGGGCACGAUGAGUGGAGUCGGCUGCUAGAUUUUGUCACCGGGUAAUCAGGCCUUUUUUCGAUGCAUUGAUACGCUGGAAGAGGAAGCCA